UUUGAAGAUUGGGUGGGAGUGAAGAAUCUAGUAUCUGCAUUGCCUUCCUCAGUGAAGAGAGUUGUUCUUGUGUCAUCAAUAGGUGUGACCAAAUCCAAUGAAUUGCCAUGGAGCAUUAUGAACCUAUUUGGUGUCCUGAAGUAUAAGAAGAUGGGGGAGGAUUUUCUGAGGAGUUCUGGCCUUCCAUUUACCAUAAUAAGACCUGGAAGGCUGACAGAUGGACCAUACACAUCAUAUGAUCUAAAUACUUUGCUCAAAGCAACAGCUGGUCAACGACGAGCAGUCCUUGUAGGUCAAGGUGAUAAACUAGUUGGCGAAGCCAGCAGAAUUGUGGUUGCUGAAGCUUGCGUGCAGGCACUAGAUCUUGAAGUCACUGAAAACCAAGUAUAUGAAAUUAACUCUGUUGAGGGGGAAGGUCCUGGAAAUGAAACUAAGAAGUGGCAAGAACUAUUUGAGGCUGCACAAUCCACGCAUGGAGGGUUGAAGAGAAUGCAAGAAACGCAAAUGUUUUCUGAGAAGAUGAAGGAAGCGCAAAAGGCAGCGAUGGAAAAAAGGUGGGAAGAUUUCAAGAAAUACAUGAUGGAAAACCAGGCAAACAUUCUCACAGAGUUUGACCUGUUAGGGAACAACUCCAUCCAUAUCGUAACUCGCUCCCAUCCUCAACUUCUGACAGACAUGAUACAAAUGGUGCCUGAAGCAGAAAGGUGGCCUGCGUUGUGCAAGCAGAAUCGGGAGGGAAACAACGUUUUGCAUGAAAUUGUGUUUUCCGAGAAGGCCAAGGAAAUGGAUGAGGUUGUCUUCAAAUUUGAAGAGUUGCUGAUGGAGGAAAGCCCUUUGUUCGUCGCUGCCAUGCAUGGAAAUCUCAAGAUUCUCAAGAAUAUGGCUAAGCGUGUAGGUGAUAAACUAGUUGGCGAAGCCAGCAGAAUUGUGGUUGCUGAAGCUUGCGUGCAGGCACUAGAUCUUGAAGUCACUGAAAACCAAGUAUAUGAAAUUAACUCUGUUGAGGGGGAAGGUCCUGGAAAUGAAACUAAGAAGUGGCAAGAACUAUUUGAGGCUGCACAAUCCAGCUAGCAUUUCAAGCCAUGGGUACAUACAACAUACCAAACACACCAACUAAAAAAGACGUGCCUAAAGAAGGAAAACAAAGGGGCAAGUCAGUCAGAAACCAUUAAAAAAGAAAAAGAUAUGUAGCAUAAUAUUUCCUUCUGUUACUAUUAUAAAUAUUUUGUAGCAAUUUUAUGUUGAUAUGAAUUUAUUAAGAGAAGAGUUAUGUAACACAUGUUGAAAGGGCAGAA